CGUACCAGCGGCAGCAUUUUUCAAUUCCGGGUUCGCUCCGUCUUUUUCGUUCUCCAACGCGACGCGGUUUGGUCGAGGAAACAUGAACGAAGAUGCCGAGUUGUCACAGACUAUUGCUCAGCUCGUCCGACGCCUGAAAGGGACCCAUUUACACGCUCAAAUGGAACGAGAAGCUAGAGAGUGUUUACAUCAACCGGAGAUCCAGCUGGACUCUCUGAAGGACGACGUUCGGAGUUUCCUUAGAACAUCAGGUUGGGAAAGAAAGCUCCAGAAUGCAGUGCAUCGAGAAUUACACGUCGGGAGACUGGCCCCGAGCCUCCCGGCAGUCCCCGCAGAGCACCUCAAAGAGCCUUUGGCAUACAUGCGCAAGGCCCAGGCCAGCUGGGAGAGGCGCAUCGUGAAAAGUCUGAACAGCAUGAGCACAGAACUGGGAGUACCUCUGGCCCGAAUGAGGCCUGCGACCGAGCAGCAGGAGCUAAGCAACAAAUGGAACGAGAUGGGCACAGAUGAACCAGACUUGAGUCGCUUCAGGCCGGUCUACGCCCCCAAAGACUUCCUGGAGGUGGUGGUCGCCCUGCGGAGCCCCAACCUCAACAGCGGUGAGGACGCCGGUGCCAGGAGCCACUGGGGCCUCGUCCAGGUGCCCUUGGGUGUCAAGGACAUCGCACAGCUGAGAGAAACCUACGCGGAACUGAGCCUCGCCACCGGGCAGCUAGGGAUCGACGACAAUGCGCACAUCCACCCAGACGUAUUUGAAAACAACUACAUUGACAUCGGAAAGAAAGUGCUCGCCAAGCAGGACAGCGCGGCGGCGCAACAGUACAGCCGGCGGGGCUGCCCCACGGGGCUGCGGGCCGACCUCUGGGCCCUCAUCCUGAAUUCUGUCAACCAGCCGCAGGAUGUGCUGCAUUUUGAGCAGCUGAAGGCAGGAGUCCUCCAACAUGACCUGCUGGUGGACAACCUCAUCUACAAGGAUGUGAAGCUGACCGCCAGUAACGACGACUACUACUUUGUCUUCGAAGACUUCCUCUACCAGGUCUUGCUGUGUUUCUCGCGGGACGCCGCUGUCUUGGAGCACUUCAAGUACAACAGCGCCACGCCGCCCAAGUCUUACAUCCAAGGCAAAGAAGGGGAUGACGACUACGCCGUUUUCUAUCCUCCCAACGGUGUCAUCCCGUUCCACGGCUUCUCGAUGUACGUGGCGCCGCUGUGCUUGCUGUACAACGAACCGUCCAAGCUGUACAGCGUCUUCAGGGAGAUGUACACUCGCUACUUCUUCCGACUGCACUCGGUGUCCUCGGCGUGCUCGGGUAUCGUUUCUCUGUGUCUACUUUUUGAGCGGCUCCUGCAAACGCACCUGCCGCAGCUCUUCUACCACCUUCGACAGAUCGGAGCGCAGCCGUUGCGCAUCGCCUUCAAGUGGCUGGUCCGAGCUUUUUCGGGUUAUCUUUGCACCGACCAGCUGCUUUUCCUUUGGGACCGAAUCCUGGGCUACGACUCCCUCGAGCCGGUAGCAGUUCUGGCAGCCGCCAUCUUCGCCUUUCGGGCCGACAACUUGAUGGAAGUGACGUCUCUGGCUUCGGCUGAGGCCGUCCUUGCCGAUCUUUCAACCCUCAAAGUCAUGCCGCUCAUCCAGAUCUUCCUGUUUGCCGUCUAAGCCAAGCAUCCAGCGCGCAAAGAAGCAAGUAAAUCCUUCAUGGUGAUGUCACCGAAAUUGUUGGCUUGUAUCCUCUCGUCGCGAUUCUCAAAGUGAGGCCCGCGGACCAACAAUUUAAAUGUUCAGUUGCCGCCUAAGAUUUCACCUGGGGCACAAAUUCAGUUGCAUUUACCUUUAAAGUGCAAUACGUCUGCAUGUCACAUUUUACAACUGUUUACAUUCAUUGAAGUAGAACGUGUUUAACUUAUUAAGCAAUCACUGUUUAUUUAAGCGCACUUCAUCCUUUUUUAUUUUACAGCUUUGUGGCCAAAAGUCAAUAAAUAAAUAAAACAAGUCAUACACGCACAGUCA